GAAGUAAGCGUCCAAGAACGAAUAUGAUUGGUUUGCGAUAGUCACGUGAUAGCAGCUAACGCUAUAGCUAAGCAUCUCUUGGCUUUCCGUUAAUGGAAAGGCGAGCUAGCUUAAGUGCCUGCGAAUAUGUCAGCGCAUAAUUGCUGACAUUUAGGCCCCAAAAUACACUAACUGUAAAGGUCCUGUAAGCGUUUUUAAGUGCUUUUAUUCGACGUGGACUGGGGAUUUGGAUUACUGCUGGAUUAUUUUAUUAUUGGCCUCCUCACGUUGUUGCUAAUUAAAUCACCGGAAAACAACAACAACAAGGAACAAUAUGUCUUUCCGGCGAGGUGUGGUCAGGCAGAGCAAGUUCCGCCACGUCUUCGCUCAGGCAUGGAAAGCCGAGCACUGCAUCGACGACGUCCGUGUGUCCCGUGUCACGUGGGACAGCCCGCUAUGCGCCGUCAACCCUAAAUUCAUUGCAGUCAUUGUGGAAGCGGGAGGAGGCGGGGCUUUCCUCGUCGUCCCCAUCGGCAAGAGCGGCAGGAUCGAUCAGUCCUGUCCAAUGGUGUGUGGACACGCCGCCCCCGUUUUGGACAUCCAGUGGUCUCCGCAUGAUGAUAAUAUCAUAGCAAGUGCCUCGGAGGAUUGCACUGUAAAGGUGUGGCAGAUCCCCGACGGGGGACUGGUGGCACCCAUGACCGAGGCUAUCGUCACCCUCGAGGGGCACAGUAAAAGGGUGGGAAUCUUGGCAUGGCACCCCACCGCCUUCAAUAUCCUCUUAACUGCAGGCUGUGACAACGUGAUUCUGGUAUGGAACGUGGGCACAGGGGAGUUGGUGUACCAGCUGCCCGAUGCCCACCCGGACCUGAUCUACAGCGUGAGCUGGAACAAGAACGGGAGCGCCGUGUGCACCGUGUGCAAAGACAAGGCCUUACGUGUUAUCGACCCUCGCAGGGGGACCGUCCUUAAAGUGAAAGAGAAGGUCCAUGACGGCACCAGACCCAUGAGAGCCGUGUUCCUCUCUGAUGGAAAGAUCUUGACGACGGGAUUCAGCCGUAUGAGUGAGAGACAGCUAGCUCUAUGGGAUACGAAAGAUCUCUCAGAGCCGAUGGCUGUACAAGAAAUGGAUACUAGCAACGGCGUACUUUUACCAUUUUAUGAUCCAGACACCAAUAUGGUUUAUCUGUUGGGAAAGGGUGACUGCACCAUCCGCUACUUUGAGGUGACCGAAGAAUCGCCCUACGUUCAUUUCCUCAGUCUGUACAGCAGUAAGGAGCCCCAGAGGGGGGCAGGCUACCUCAGUAAGAGAGGGGUGGACGUCAAUAAGUGUGAAAUUGCAAGGUUCUACAAAUUACACGAAAGGAAGGUUGAACCCAUUUCCAUGACUGUUCCAAGAAAGUCCGAUCUCUUCCAAGGAGACCUUUACCCUGACACAGCCGGCUUAGAACCGGCGCUCCUGGCAGACGAGUGGAUAUCCGGUCAGGAUGCGCCCCCGAUCUUGGUGUCCCUAAGUGGAGGCUAUGCGGCGCCACCCUCCAAGCAUAGAGACACCAUCAGGAGCAAGCCCAAGCUCAUCUCACAGGACUCUGGCAGCGGGGCGGCGCCCACUCCAACCGCCACGAAUCCCGCCAAGGAAGUUGAGGAGGAGGAGCCACGUCUCGCCUCCAGAGAGACAUCUGGGAACAUGGACAGAUCUAAGAGAGAGGAUGAUGUGUUUGGUGAACUGCUGUCAGAGAUGAAGGCCCUUCGUGCUGUUGUUCUUGCUCAAAGUCAGAGGAUUGAACUUCUGGAGCGCCAGCUAGCUCGCAUUGAGGAUGGCGACGUAUAAAACUGUUAUUACUAUUAUUAUUAUUAAUGUUAUUAUUGUUAGGAUUCUUUUAUAGAUUCCUUUAUGGGUUAAAAUGUAGACAAAGGUACCAAAUUACUGUAGCACAGAGUGGCACAUCAUCUACGAAUAGAUGAUCUUUUCACCAUUAGGGCUAUUUAAUCAGGUAGAACGCUGCUAUGAUCUGUGGUGAUGUCCCAGACCUCAACUUUUUUUUAAUUGUAGUGUGUGGAUUGGGAAGAAUUUGUAUGUGUUUUUUUGUGAGCCGCAUUCCUCCAUUGAAAAGAUAUUUUUUAGCAUUAAAUAUGUGACAUCUUUUAAAGACAAGUAGCAACAUGUUUGUUUUAUUAUGUGAAAUACUCAAUGAAAUGUGAUUUUGUUAUUUGUUUUUUUUUUUAGACGGAUGAAAUUGUCACUAACAUUCCACUUCAACACGCACUGAUCUUUCGAUGUGGUUGUAGCGACUGUUCAACGACUAAUAAAUGCUCCUUUGUAUU